AUGGAAGUAGUAGGAGCCGUUUCUGCUCUGGCGAGCUUGUCUGGCCAAAUGACCAAAUGUGGAAAGGAAUUGAAUACGUUUUGUUACAACCUCCGGUACGCCAGACGAGAGAUCGGAAUGUUGAAAAAUGAGGUUAACACCUGUCGGAGCCUCACUUUGAUGUUUGAUGAUACCACUGAACAGAUAAAAGGCAAAGUCAUGGAAAUGGCUCUUCAACACGGAGUAGACAAGAUGAUUCGAGAGCAGGCUAGUAUGGCUUUCAAACAGAUCGAUCGCCUACUAGAUCGACUCACACCAUUACAUGAAGGAAGCAAUUCAAGACCUAUAGAGCAGCUUGUGGCCAAGGUGAAGUGGCAUUUUGGAAAAGACUCCAUCCAACUUCCAAUAACGACGUUGAUGAGUGUCAAAAUCAGUCUUAUUUUACUGGCUGCCAUCUUGACACUGGAGAAGAAUGUCGCUGAAGUGUUGAGGAACACCGCGCUGAGUGAUGGUGAAAGGGCGAAUCUUCUUCGAAAAAUAAAAAAGCUGCGAAAAGAAAUUCGGCGAAAUCAGAACGAGUUUCAAUCUGUUACUAAAAAGCUCGCACAGCAGCUUGACAAAAAAGACAUAUUUUAUCAUACUUGUAUGGUGAAUAUGAAGGAAAUUACCGAGAUGAUUCAACAGAUUAAACAGGCACCAGUUGCAGAGGCAAAGUUGCUGAUAUCUAGCCUUCCAUCGCCUACAUCCACAUCAAGACAUACAACGAAUGGAUCGUUUGAACAAUCCCAGGGACAGAACUCACAUACGUCGAAUUCGAUCAUUACACCAAUGUCGUCUAGGUCGAGCCAUGGACGUGGGCCGCAUGACACCGGACACAACCACGUUAGGCGUGUACGACCGUCUACUCGGGGAAAGCUCCCGAUUAUUGAGCGACCAUGUCCAGAAUCACCGAGUACCGUGACUGUUCAAUCUCAGAUGUUAGUACUACGAGGUCGGCCAAAAACUCAGGAGAAAUGCUCUUCGCUAUUUGACUCUGAAAUACUCGAAGAAAGCCACGAUACAACAGGCAAUCAGUUGCAGGAUCUUCGACAAAUUUCUUUAUCUCGUCAUCAAAAUGAGCUCCAGGUGGCCGAUACCCAAAAUUCAGGUUCGGGGUACGUCGUCUACCAUGAUUAUGGGGAUGGUAUCCGAGAAGAGUAUGUACUAGAACGCGAUCUAGGUCCGCGGGAAGUAGAGGAGAAUGAGGAUGAACCAAAUUCUGCAUCAAACGAAAGGUUUAUUUCACCACAGAGAUAUGCCCCUAUGCCACCCUUUGACAAUAGCGACUUUGACAAAAUUAGGAGAAGGAGAAGAAGAAGGAAAGGCACGGGUAAUAAGUAGAUAUGAAGUGUUCAGAUUACGACAUCAAGAAGGUCACCUCAACGCACCCAAAAUAUGUUUAAACGGAUCUCCGAUACUUCUUUAACCAUCAACGUUCGUCCAUGAGUGUCCGGUAUGGAAAAUACUACCAGAACCCAGCAUAGAAAAAGCACCACAUAAUGAAGAUAGCACAAAUGGCUAUCCAGAAAUCAGCUUCAAAAUAUGAC